AUGGUCACAAAAGAAAAUGUACAGGUGUUGUUACCCGCCGCAAACUUCUUACAGUUAGAUUACGUAAUUGGUGUAUGUGCUGAGUUUUUACAAAAACAACUGAAUCCAUCAAAUUGUCUUAUAAUCAGAGCGUUUGCUGACUUACAUAACUGUACUGAUUUGUUGUCAAUUUCCGAAGCAUAUAUUAAACAAAAUUUUUUAGAAGUAGCUAAAGGCGAAGAUUUUCUAUCCUUAUCUACUGAAGAUUUGGUGAAGCUUAUUUCCUCUAAUGACCUUGCUGUUCCAUUUGAAGAAAAAGUAUUUGAAUGUGUUAUCAAAUGGGUAAAACAUGAUUCAGAUCAUAGAAUAGAUUUUUUGCCAAAACUAAUGGAACAUGUACGUUUGCCAUUAUUAGCAUCAAGGCCUGAUGUAUUAAAUAAUGUAGUCGAAGAACCUCUUCUGAAGAAUAGUCCUAAAUAUAAAGAUUAUGUGUUUGAAGCUAUACGAUUUAAUCUACUUAAGUCAGUUCAACAUUUCACCAUUCCACAAACAAUUCGGUGUAAACCUAGGCAGUUUGGUGAUUCAAAAAAGGUUCUUCUAAUGUUCAAUGAGUCUAAUACAUCGCCAGAGUGUUAUACUGAAUGGUAUGACCCAGCAACCAAGCUAAGAGAGAAUGCACCAGGAAUAAAUGAAUGUCGGAGGAAUGCUGGUUUUGGUGUGAUAAAUGAUCAAUUUGUGUUUGCUGUGGGAGGUGUAAAUGAAUCGAGGUCUACAUCUGUUAGUAUGCUUGACGUAUCUUCACAAUCACCGUCAUGGGUUCCAAUGGCUGACAUGUUAUUUAGUAGAAUGUAUUCGGGAGUUGGUGUAUUGGAUGAUUGUAUAUAUGCAGUUGGCGGAUGUGAAAGCAAUAGUAUUUUCAAAAGUGUAGAGGUUUUUGAUGUCAUUACCCAAAAAUGGAGAAUAGUGUCUAGUAUGACAAUUGAGAGAAGUGGAUUGGGCGUUGGUGUACUCAAUAAUCGUCUAUACGCUGUUGGAGGUUGUAAUGGUUACCAUAACCAUUUGAAAUCUGUUGAAUAUUAUGAUCCCACACUUGACAUAUGGACUCCGGUUGCAGAAAUGUCUGAGUGUCGUCAAGGUGUUGGUGUAGGGGUUUUGGAUGGUCUUAUGUACGCAAUAGGUGGCUUUAAUGGAAAGUUGCUUAAAAGUGUUGAGGUUUAUAGACCGAGUGAUGGAGUUUGGUCUUCUAUAGCUGAUAUGAAUUUAUGCCGAUUUUGCCCUGGAGUAGCCGUAUUAGAUGGUUUAUUAACCAUACGACAUAAAAUCUCUUAUAUUAUAAAACGAGGUUAG